GUCACGGAGGCUGCUGCUGCGCCCCGCCCUCUCGUCGGGACCCGGCUCCGGCUCACGAUCUCAAGCUUUGCGGUUCUCUCCCGGCUGCAUCCCGAGGAAGAUGGCAACCGAUGGGCUGCACGAGAACGAGACGCUGGCGUCGCUGAAGAGCGAGGCCGAGAGCCUCAAGGGCAAGCUGGAGGAGGAGCGGGCCAAGCUGCAUGACGUGGAGCUGCACCAGGUAGCUGAGCGGGUGGAGGCGCUGGGCCAGUUUGUCAUGAAGACCAGAAGGACCCUCAAAGGCCACGGGAACAAGGUCCUGUGCAUGGAUUGGUGCAAAGACAAGAGGAGGAUCGUGAGCUCGUCACAGGAUGGGAAGGUGAUUGUGUGGGAUUCCUUCACCACGAACAAGGAGCAUGCGGUCACCAUGCCCUGCACCUGGGUGAUGGCGUGCGCUUACGCUCCGUCAGGGUGUGCCAUCGCUUGUGGUGGUCUGGAUAACAAGUGUUCUGUGUACCCAUUGACAUUUGACAAAAAUGAGAACAUGGCUGCCAAGAAGAAGUCGGUCGCUAUGCACACCAACUACCUAUCUGCCUGCAGCUUCACCAACUCGGACAUGCAGAUCCUGACAGCCAGUGGUGAUGGGACAUGCGCCCUGUGGGAUGUGGAGAGCGGACAGUUGUUGCAGAGCUUUCAUGGGCACGGGGCUGAUGUCCUCUGCUUGGACCUGGCCCCCUCAGAAACUGGAAACACCUUUGUGUCUGGGGGUUGUGACAAGAAGGCUAUGGUGUGGGAUAUGCGUUCUGGCCAGUGUGUGCAAGCCUUCGAAACCCACGAAUCUGAUGUGAACAGUGUCCGGUACUACCCCAGUGGAGAUGCUUUUGCUUCCGGGUCAGAUGAUGCAACGUGUCGCCUCUAUGACCUGCGGGCAGACAGAGAGGUAGCCAUCUACUCCAAGGAGAGCAUCAUAUUUGGAGCAUCGAGCGUGGACUUCUCCCUCAGCGGUCGCCUGCUCUUCGCUGGGUACAAUGACUACACCAUCAAUGUCUGGGAUGUUCUCAAGGGCUCCCGGGUCUCCAUCCUGUUUGGACAUGAAAACCGUGUCAGCACUCUGCGAGUCUCUCCUGAUGGGACAGCAUUCUGCUCAGGAUCGUGGGAUCACACCCUAAGAGUUUGGGCAUAAGCCCCUCACAGCGUGCACGAAGAACACGUGUCCUCCCAGCUAGAUAGGACUUCUAGACGAGCCCAGAGCCUCCCACCAACUAGCUUAUGGGAGCAACCUCACAGCUCGGCACUCCCUCAGCCCCUCCGGUGUCACCGUGUAAUUCACCUCCUUCCUGGAAAUGUGCUUGUGUAGGCCUUGAUACGUCAACGGUACCUUCAAGCCCUUGUUUCAUCGCAAAUACUUUGUGAA